CUGAUUGGGGAUUUGUCGAGGAAUAUGCAUUUCGUCAUGACUUCUGCGCCUUUGACUUUCCAGAUCAUUUAAUACCUACCUAGGCACUGUACAGGUUACAAGAAUCAUUGGUUCCCACCUACAUAUACUCAAGCUUCCACCCAUAAUGCAUCGUUACACUUUGAUCGAAACACCACGACGUCAUGAUAUCACCAGUUAUCCGAGCCGUCUCUCACCAUAAGAGGCCGUUAUCCACCAACGCCCUCAAAGCAACUACGUUACUUUCUCGUUCAUCAUUGCUUUGCUCAACACCACCUACACAUCCACAGCGCAAAUCCUACAGAAUAAUACAACCUGUCCAGUCUACUAGAAUGGCGUCUAGCAACCGCAAUGAGUCCUUCACCCGUGACAAGCUCUUCGACCUAAAAGGGCACGUGGCCCUCGUCACAGGCGGCGGCUCAGGCAUCGGACUGAUGGCCACGCAAGCCUUGGUCACCAACGGUGCCAAAGUGUAUAUCACAGGGCGCACAAAGUCCAAGCUAGACCGCGUGGUAGAGCUGUACUCCCACGGCAACGAUUCCAUCAUCCCGCUGCAGUGCGACGUAUCCGACAAGAGCCAGAUCGCGGACCUCGUCAAAGAGGUGUCAUCCCGCGAGAAAUGCCUGUGCAUCCUCGUCAACAACGCAGGCAUCAGCGGCGCGACGCUACACACGGAGUCCGGGUCGGCCUCGGAGAUGAACCAGAACCUGUUCGAGGCCGAGAAGUCGACGUUCGACGACUGGACGGACGUCUACCGCACCAACGUCGCGCAGAUCUUCUUCACCACCACGGCGUUCCUGCCCUUGCUCCAGAAAUCGGGGGACAUGUUCCCCGGCUGGUCGGGGACGGUGGUCAACAUCACGUCGAUCAGCGGGCUGGUGAAGACGGCGCAGCAUCACUUUGGGUACAACGCGUCGAAGGCGGCGGCGAUCCAUUUGACGAGGAUGUUGGCUGCGGAGAUUGCGGCGAAUGAGUUGAAGGUGCGGGUUAACUCGAUCGCCCCGGGAGUGUUUCCCAGUGAAAUGACGACGGAGGGCAGCAACGAGAGCCAGAAGAGCCACAUCGAUCGCGAGAAGUACGCAAAAAAGGUACCCGCAGGUCGACCUGGCAAGGACGAAGACAUGGCGCAGUCGGUGCUAUUUUUUGCUGUAAACCAGUAUCUAAAUGGCCAGACAUUAGCUGUUGACGGGGGAUAUACGUUGGCGGCUGGGGAGUAAUGUAAUGCCAAACAUCCACGAUUGAGAACAGUUAUUUUUAAUGCCAGCUUUUGUAAGCCUCUAGAUAGUUGAUACUCGUUCGCGAACUAUGUGCUUUUUGACCCGCAG